AUGACCAGGCUCUACUUGUUCAUCCGAUAUUUCAUCAAGCCGACCAUCAACACAAGCCAAGCCAACGCCGCCUUGAUCCCUAUUGUAUAUCGGCAAACUCAAACUCUAUACCACCACAAAAAAAUGUGCGACUUUGAGGAGUUCCUCUUCACUUGCGGCUGCUCCGAGCAGCGGCUCCAGUCCUACUGCCACGUCGCCCGCAACAACCCCCAGCACCGCUGCCACAGCGUCCGCAAGUUGCGCAACGUCUGGGACCAGAACGUCGAAUGUGAGCAGCACAUGAGGGAACGAUACAAUCAGUGGAGAUGGGCCCAGCAGCAGCAGCUUCACCAGCAGCAACAGCAACAGCAGCAGCAGCAACAACAGCGCCGUUCAAAGGGACACAACUGA